GGCAGGGAGGGCAGGACCCGGCCUUCUGUUUGGCUUACUCCCUCCUCACUGUAGAGCAGAUGUUCUCAGCCCUUUUUGGGCCAUGGACCCCUUCUCAGAACCUGCCUGAGAUCACGCAGCCUGGCUGCACAGCCACUGCGUUUAGCCACUCACCAACUCCUCCAUUCCCAAGGCUGGCGCUUCCCACCUCUGGCUGGGCUGCUUCUCUCCAGGGAGUUAGUGGAAUCCUUAGCUCAGAGGUGGGAGCUGAGGAGGACUCACCCCGUUAAAGAAGGUUCCAUUUCAGAACUCCCCCCUAUAAGCCUGGCACCUCUGGCUCCUGCCCUCUGGAGGCUCCUGUUUUGGGGAGUUGGUGGGCAGAGGGGGACCCUCUGCUCCUUGGGAGUGCUGGCUCUCCUGGGUAAGACCCAUGGGCUUGUGAUGAUAGAGAAACCAUGGAGCAGCUGUGAACAGGGACAAACAAGUACCUAAGUGAGAGUCGUAGAUUAGUUUGUUGGCUUGUUGAACAAAUAUUUGAGUGUCCACUGUUAGUGCUGUUAAGGGGAUGCAGAGACGAGCUGAAUAAAGCUCUUGGCUGCAGAGCAAGGGAAGAGACACUCAAGCCUUGUACCUGUGCAGCAUUUCACCGUGUGGAGGUGGUACAAGCUGCACUCCAAGGCAGGCAGGAAGGAGAAGGAACGUGGAGAGAUCCAAGUCACCAUCCAGUUCACUCGCAACAACUUGAGCGCCAGCAUGUUCGACCUGUCCAUGAAGGACAAGCCACGGUCGCCCUUCAGCAAGAUCAAGGACAAGAUGAAAGGCAAGAAGAAGUUUGAGCUGGAAUCUGCCUCUGCCAUCCUCCCAAGCAGCGCCCUAGAGGAUCCUGAGCUGGGCAGCCUGGGCAAGAUGGGCAAGGCCAAAGGCUUCUUCCUCCGAAACAAGCUCCGCAAGUCGUCCCUGACGCAGUCCAACACCUCGCUGGGCUCCGACAGCACCCUGUCCUCGGCCAGCGGGAGCCUGGCCUACCAGGGCCCCGGCGCCGAGCUCCUCACCCGCUCGCCCAGUCGCAGCAGCUGGCUGUCCACCGAAGGGGGCAGGGACUCUGCACAGUCCCCCAAGCUGCUGGCCCACAAGAGGACCUACAGCGAUGAGGCCAGCCAGGUGCGGGCGGCUCCUCCCCGGGCCCUCCUCGACCUUCAGGGCCACCUCGAUGCUGCCUCCCGCUCUUCACUCUGUGUCAACGGGAGCCACAUUUACAACGAGGAGCCCCAGGGCCUGUUGCGGCACCGCAGCUCCAUCUCGGGUCCAUUUCCACCCUCUAGCUCCCUGCACAGCAGCUCUUCCCGCCCCUCUGAGGAGGGGCCUCGCUCCACAGAUGACUCCUGGGGCAGAGGCGGCCACAGCAACAGCAGCUCAGAGGUGGGGCUGGGACAGGAGGAGCUGGGCGCUCAGGGCAAAGUGCUGGCCGUUGGGGCCAGCCGCCCUGGAGAGGCGGAGGGGGCCCAGCUUCUGGAGGGCAAGCCAGUCCAGGUCGCCACACCCAUGGUGGCCUCCUCUGAGGCAGUGGCGGAGAAGGAGGGAGCCCGGAAGGAGGAGCGGAAGCCCCGGAUGGGCCUCUUCCACCAUCACACCCAGGGGCUGAGUCGGAGUGAAUUGGGGCGCCGAGGCUCUCUGGGGGAGAAGGGGGCACCCAACCUGGGGGCCUCCCCCCACCACUCAUCCAGCGGGGAGGAAAAGGCCAAGAGUAGCUGGUUUGGCUUGAGAGAAUCCAAGGAGCCGACUCAGAAACCCAGCCUGGACGUGUCUCCUCAGGUAGAAUCUGACCCAGCUGCUCUUCCUCACCACCUCCCCUGCUCCCCCUGGGCUCCGGCCCCCCCCAGUCCUGCUCCCACCGCUGCUCCCAUGCUAAGCACUAACCUUUUUGCAGCCGCCUCCCCCGCUGCUGCCACUGCUGCCGCCACCACCGCCGCCCCCGAAGCCACCCCAUCCGGAUUCUUGGGUCUCACCAACCCGUUCCUCACCUCCUUGCAGAGCAACCCCUUCUUCGAGGAGCUCGUAGCCGACAUAGCACUAAACUCUCCUUCACCUGCUCCCUCUCUCCCCAGUGCCUCGAGGGCCAGCCCCACCCCCCUGGCCUCCCCUGGGAAGGCCCUGCCUGAGUGGGACAACACCUUCAACGUCUUUGCUGCCAGCAGGCUGUGUCCAGAGGCCAGGAGCGAGAUCCUGGCCCCUGCAGGAGUGGGGCUGGAGGCGGCUGGGCUGCAAGACCCAGGAGCCGGGGCCAUGACAGUGAAGGAAACUGAGCCCGAGGAAGCCCCUGGGGGAGGAGGAGGAAGAGGUGGCAGCAGCAUGUGGCUGGAGCCCAGGGUUCCUCUGGACUUGAGACUGGACCACCAGAGCACAAGUAUGGCUGACCUGGGACCCCUUGGGUCAGUAGGGGCCGGCCUGCCCUCCUCUACAUCAGCCCAGCUGCACCCAAGAGCCUCAGCCUCAGCACCCGACAGGGAGCCGCCAGCCCGACAAGGGGAAGCAGGGCAGAGUCCAGCAGACGAUGGGACGUCUCUGUUUAGCUCCCCAGAAGUGAUCAGUGUGUGGGAGAGGCUGCCUGGCCCAGAUGGCACCCCUGAAGGCCAGGACGAGGAGGCCUCCGGAGGUGAAAGCCAGCUCUUCCACGAGCUCAAUACGGUCGACGAUUCCUGGCCCUGGGAUGUGGUCAGCAUUUCUUCAGCAGCUGAGAUGGCCUCACCAGUCCUGCGGGGAGAGUCUGAUGAGCUGCCUCCUUCCCAGCUACAGCCAGAAUCACCAGAAACUGUGAGCCCCCGGGGCAGCGAGGGGCCUGCCCCACUGGAGCCUGAGCCAGAGCCUAAGCCCGAGUGGGCGUCUGACAAAGGGCCACGGCCCAUCACACCACCUCCCAAGCCACCACGCCUCUUCACACCCUCAAGUUCCCAGGAAGAGGAGGAGAAAGAAGAGAAGGCCACAGGGGGACUGAGUAACAGGAGGGCGGGGACAGGAGGAGAAGAUGCCUCCCCAAACGCACUGGUGGUUGGUCCCCAGGAGACCAAGGAGGAGGGAGAGAAGCCCGAUUCGGAGGAAUCUGACAGCCGUUCUUCUGUGACCCUACUGGGCGAGCCGGGCCUGGACGAUCUAGUGGAGGAUGCCAGUGUCCCUGAGCCUGGGCCUGGCCUGUCUGUGCCCUCCAGCUGCCCUGAGGGUCCUGCCCCCGUACCCGGUUACUCAGAGAGCUUGGCUCUUCAGAGUCAGCAGAUCUGGGGGGCUCCAGAGAAAGGAGAAGGCUCUGAGGCUCCUGAGGUCCAGAGCCAGAGACCAGUAGGAAAGGGGCUUGGGCCCCUGUCGGCCACCUCCCAGCAGGCUGACAUGUGGGCCUCCAUAGAGGAUGCCUCGAGCCCCUUCUUGUCUCAGGAGAGCCGAGAUCCCCCCAGCCUCCCAUCCACAUCCCCACCAGGGUCCAGGGAAUCUUCCAUCCACUCUGGGCCAGAAGAGCUGCCCACUCCUCCAGAGCCUGCCUUUCCACCACCCCCUCUCCCGCCCUGGGCCAGCCACCACCAUGGGGGGCCUAGCCCUCCGUGCUCUCCCCUGCCUGGAGCCUGGCCCCCGACCUCUUCCUCCCCACCUCUGGGGGAGCCAGCCUUGCCCCCUGGCCCCUUUGAGCCCUCCCCACCUGGGGGCUCCCCUGCCCUACUCAGGGAGGACCGCGCUGCAGCCACCCCAGCCUCCCCGCUUGUGCUUCUGCCCUUGGAGACACGACCAGCUGAGGAGCCACAGCCCAGUGCCAGUCCCCACCCCGUGAAGCCCCUCAGUGCAGCCCCUGUGGAGUGCAGUGCUGACAGGAAGCAGUCCCGCUCCAGCCUGAGCACGGCCCUGAGCAGCGGGCUGGAGAAGCUCAAAACAGUCACAUCUGGCAGCGUUCAGCCUGUGGCUCUGGCCCCCCAGCUUGGCCAGACCGUGGACACCAAGAGGCUGAAGGACUCAGCUGUGCUGGACCAGUCGGCCAAGUACUACCACCUGACCCACGACGAGCUCAUCGGCCUGCUCCUGCAGCGGGAGCGGGAGCUGAGCCAGCGGGAUGAGCACGUGCAGGAGCUGGAGAGCUACAUCGACCGGCUGCUGGUGCGGAUCAUGGAGACCUCGCCCACACUGCUGCAGAUCCCCCCCAACUCCCCCAAAUAGCCCUCCUCUCCCCCACCCCCAGGAGGGUUGGCAUGGACCUGCCACCCACCCGCCCUACUGCUGAACUCACUGUCACCUGGGCAGGGUGCAGUCUG